GUUUCUAUUCAACAACACAUUGUACGAAAAUCACAACGUGAAAUUGUAAAGAAAAUCUUUAUUAGGUAAAUCACUAUAGAAUAGCCGAUAGAAAUGGGACGAAAAAUCCCAGCCAAAAAGCACCAUGGUGUCAAGGAUCCGGUGAAGCAACAAGCGCAGCGCAUGAAAAAGUUGAAAACACAAAUCAAUGCUCCGCCGACAGACCCUGAUGACCAGCCGAUGCCGCGGUCUGUUGCCAGACUGUUCGGAUUACCAGAGUAUGAACCCAAGCCGAAAAAACAGUUUAAAAAUAAGAAACAGUCUUCUGAAGUUAAUGAGCCAAAGAAGCCACAUGUGAAGGGUAGCAGCAAGAACCCCGUCUCGUCGCUGCAGCGGCUGCCGGGCGAGUCUGGGCGCUCCUUCUCACUCCGCAUCAACAGCGCCAUCCGCACACUCAACAAUGACAGGACUGAUGAUGAUUAUCCUCUGGACAUGCAAGAUGACCAGGACAUCAAAGGCACAGCGAUGGCGGAGCGCAACGAGCGCAGAGCUAGGAAGCGCAAGAAGGACGCCGGCCGCGCGGCACCAGGCGAGCAGGGCGAGGAGAAGGCCAGCCGCGGACGACAGCUCACAUUGAGGAAGAAAGCUAAGAAGGAAAAGGCGGCUGAGGAAUCAAAUUUAGCCCGUGCGGAGUUGUCAUACGAGCGGAUUUCGUUUGGCGAGGUGGCGCACGCGCCGCCCACCCUCACCAUCAAACCUAGGAAGGCCAAGCAAGACGACGGAGCGCCUCGGCCCGGCCGCCGUUCGCUGCUCCUCACAGAAAUGUUGUCAAAUAAAACCUCUACGCAGUCCAAACCUCUUCCGAGUUCCAAAAUGGCGACCGGAACCGGAAAGAAGAGUAAACUGCGAGAGUUGCCAGCCGUGGAGCGCAUGAGGCGUGAACGAGCGCGAUUGGCCGCCGUCACCGCGUACCGGCAACUUAAGAAAAAAAAUGAAAGUAAAAUAAAAACUUGAUUGUUGAGAUUGAGGUGGAAAAUAAAUAGUUUAUUCUUA